UUGUGAAAGGUAAAUCUGAGAAAAUAAAAAGUGCUAAAAUAACAAAAUUAAAUGGAAAAACAAAAAAUUCCUCCUUCCCCGGCUGGAGGCAUGAGUUCAGCGCUCAGCUUCGGCUUCCGGCGGCCGCUUUCUUUAGCUCUGAGAGGACUGAUUCUCCGGCGAUUCUCCUCCUCCUCCAAUCCACUCCACUGCUUUGCUGAGGAAGACAAGCAUGAUGGCACAGAAAAAAGAGACCCACCUCAUCAUAACAGGCCUACCUUCAUUCAUCCCGCUGCUAUCGUUCACCCUGAAGCCAUUUUAGGCCAGGGUGUUUCUAUUGGUCCCUUCUGCACAAUUGGACCUUCAGCAAAGGUGGGGAAUGCUUGUCAGUUGUACCCUGGCAGCCACGUCUUUGGAAACACAGAAUUGGGAGAUAACUGUGUUUUGAUGGUUGGUGCUGUAGUUGGAGAUGAUCUUCCUGGUCACACUGUCAUUGGGUGCAAUAAUACCAUAGGACAUCAUGCCGUUGUUGGAGCUAAAUGCCAAGACAUGAAAUACAAGCCAGGGAAUGAAUGCUUCCUUGAGAUAGGCGCCAACAAUGAGAUUAGAGAACAUACAUCUAUUCAUCGAUCUUCAAAGCCAAGUGACAUUACUGUCAUUGGUGAUAACAAUCUUAUAAUGGGAUCUUGUCAUAUAGCCCAUGACUGCAAAGUGGGUAGUAACAAUGUUUUUGCGAAUAAUACUCUUCUAGCAGGUCAUGUUGUGGUGGAAGACCAUGCACACACUGCAGGAGCAAUUGUGGUUCAUCAAUUUUGUCAUAUCGGUUCAUUUUCUUUCAUAGGUGGUGGUUCGGUGGUCUCACAAGAUAUCCCCAAGUACAUGAUGGUGUCUGGGGAAAGAGCUCAGCUUCGUGGGUUAAAUCUGGAAGGUCUUCGGCGUCAUGGAUUCUCUGUUGCAGAGAUCAGAAGCCUGAGAGCAGCUUAUAGAAAAAUUUUUAUGCCCAUUAAUGCUAAUUUGAGGGGCGUUGAAGAUCGAAUGGUUCAAGUAGAGCAGGAUGAAGAACUGGUUCUUGUCCCCACUGUUCGUUCCAUGCUACAAUCCAUACGGGAUUCUUUUGCAGAAGAUCGACGUGGAAUUUGCAAAUUUAGAUCUUGGAUUGAAACUUAGACUGCAGUCCAGUAAGUCCACAUCCCUUUGUCUUACUCUUAGAAUUUAGAUCUUGGAUUGAAACUUAGACUGUAUCCGCUGCAAGUUUUUUGAUGUAUGUCGAACCGUAAAAGUUGUAUGUAAUUAAAGUGGAAGAAAAAUGAAAAUUUGUGUCUGCUCUGGCAGGUUUAUGAAUUGAAGGGGCACUUGGAAGUUUGGUGUUACAAGUUUUUUAUAAAUCCCCCUGUUUACUUCUUCACUGAUUCUGCCCUUAAUGCCUUUUUCUCUAUCCAGUAGAGAUAGCCAAACGUAAAACCUGCCUCAGCAUCAUUUCUUGUAUUUCAAUGUUCAAUUGUGGAAGUUGUAAGAGUGUAUGUAUACUAGGUAGCUUUUGUGAAGGAUAGUCUGCAAGAAAACCUCCCUAGUGUUCAGGUAUGACAGUUUUUCAUCUAUUCAUACGAUAUACGUAUUGUUGAUCAUAUUAAUGGUAAUCUGUCUGGAUGAAUAAUCAAGUUUUUUAAUCAUCAUAUCUAUUCUAUUUCAAGCCUUCUUGGCUUCAUCACAGACUAAAGAUGGUUCUUUCAUUCUUAGAUCUUUUACAUUUCCGUCUCCCCUUACCAGCGUUGCCUUGCGCCCCAUAGUGGAAAAGGAUCAAAAUUCAAGAUCAUUAGCUCUGUUAGAUUACUACUACUCUCUGAAAUGAUUAAUUGCGCCAGAAACUGGACUGAUGUAUGAAACAUCAUAGCUACUUUGCCCCCUCUUCCCUCCCCCCGCGGAGGGGCAUUUUCUUGAAGCACUAUGCUUAUUUAUUUAUUGUUGAUUACCAAGUUCCUGUGAUCCUUUUAUUUGGCAUUGUAUGCUUGGGAGAUGCAGGUUUUACAUUUGCUCUUUGCCUCCACAACCUCCUCCUCUACCUCUGCACCACCAAUAGGUAGGACAAGAGAUGCAGUGUCAUCAGACUCCUCCCUCAUCCCCUUGGAUGAAUGAAGAAACUAAAAAAGGUGACUGUGAUAAAGUGAUAACAGACAACUGAGAUCUUGCAAAUGACGUGGAUGAUCAGAUUUUUAACCUUCUUUAGUCUUUCCAUAUGAAGAUUUCAGUCAAACAUCCACUCAUUAUGGACAGAAACUCGGCUAUGGGGAAUCUUAUCUUCAGUUCUUGGAUAGGGUCCGAUGUAGGUUAUUUCAAACCGUCUUGAAAAGGAUAGGACACUGUUUUCUGGAGAUAAUGAUAUCCUACUAACUUGUGGCUUUUGACGCAAUUAGAUGCACUAAUUUUUUUUUCCGCCA